AUGUUUGCUAAGGAGAAAUGGUCAUUGAAAGCCGUGAAGUGGUGGGGAGGGUGGUCUGAAGGCGAGGAGACGGGCACAAUCAUGCGAUAUCUGCUAGACGAGUACAACCGAUACGAGCUGGGCUUUAGUGAUAUGCUUUCACCGGUACGACAAGACAGUCGACAUGCCGUUUUCAUGGGAGAAACCGAUACCCCAGGAAUGGCCCCAGCCACUCAACAAGGUCUUGCAGCGUCCCUAGAAACGCUGCGGGCAACAGUGGACAAGGAGACGGCUCAUCAGUUCUCUAUUCUAAAGCAGGAGAUGCAAUACCGACAUGAGACGAUGGAGCGACGCCACCAAGAGUCGACCAAGACACUUCUGGACACUAUCCGACGAUUAACAGUGACAGAACCUCGUCCAUCAGCAGUAGUACAGCAUCCAAUAGAUCCAGUCACUCAGGAACAGACACCCCAGUUACCUCAACGCAUUGGUAAAGUAAUUCAACAAGAGCAACAGCAACAGCCAUGCGUCAUCCCGCCGGCUGCUCCACGUAUACCUACCAUCUCAAAGUGGCAAGAUGCUGUAGAACAGUGGGAGAACGGCGACCCAAGCAAAGGACUGCUGAUCCCACUUCGUUCCUGGACAAAGGCAAUGCGCAAGACAGAUUCCGCCAAGUAUUCUCAGAGGAAAUCCAUCGCAAUGGAGUUUAUCUACUUGGGAAGAAACGAGGCCAAUGUGAAGGAUGUCCAUGGCAAGGCAGCUGAUACGGUCAGACAGCUUCUCAAGUCUAUCCAUCAGAAAAAUCUUGAGCGGGAACAUACAGAUGCGGUUGGAACCUCGUCAUCAGGGCUUCAGGACCAUGGGAGAGACGACGAGCAUGAAGACGAGGAUGAGGAGGUGGAGCCAGAACCGCUGGUGAGACGCAGGCUGAACCAGCAGCCGAGGCAUGUGAUCCAGAGCGUGGAAGGGCAUUGCGCAGAGCAGGUAGAGGGACAAGGACAAAGUGAGAAUGGUGGAAAUGGUGAUGAGUCUCCAGAACCGCUAGGAGCCAAACGAGUGAACCAACAGCCUUUAAAGCCCAGGAUUGCAAUCCCUCGGGUUACAAGGAGCAAAAGUGUUGCUCUUGCUACGGCCCCUGCUUCUACUACUACUACGCCUAUUUCCCUUCCUACUGUCAAGCGGCUACGGAGAGGAAGUACAAUUGUAGGUAUAACGUCCUCAUCCUGUGUAGAUAAUAGAAAGCGUCAGCGAUAA